AUGAGGAUGAUGACUCCAAACGAUACCGACUCGAUGCCCGCGCGCGGAGCCACCACAUCAGAAACUGGUGCCAUGCCGAUGUCGGUCCUCUGGAGAACACUGUCAACCGAGCUUGUUGAUGGAAUUCUCGAGCAGGCUGUUCCUCGAGACCUUGAUUUGAUACUCUCUGAGAUCUAUGGUGCUCCGGUAUUCGAGCCGCGGUUUGGUCACUACGUGCGAGAGUUGGGGUUUGCGACUCAAUCGCCUGCUGAGUGGAAUGUCCUGUUUACCCUUUUGCGCAUCUCCAAGAAGUCUCACACCCGCACUGCGAAUUCGAUCGGAGCCCAUACUUGCGUCUAUAUCGACAACCCCCACCACGUCGAAAAUCCUGUCUCCGUCUUCAAGAGUCUGAACACUCUCGGAAAGUUUGGCAGACUGCAAGUGGACAGAGUGGCUUCCGAAUACCACUCACCCGCAGAUACAGAUUGGUCGGAGCGCGGUUGUACCACAUUACGCGCCAUGGUAUCUGCCACAGUACCAGGAUGCGGCGAUAUAACCACCCCGCUGGAUGUCGCGUGGCAGAUGAGGUCGCAACCCGGCUCCCUCAAAGAGGCUUCAGCUCUUCGCGAACUCAUGGAACUCACGGAGGAGAAUAUCAAGAGCUACGAGGAUGAUGAAUGGGACGGUCAUAAUGGGUCAACCAUACCACCUGGCAUCAAGGAUGCUAGGCUUAUUUGCAUGGUGUGGAAUAUGACGCGUCAGUACAUUGGAGGUGGCUACGCUUGGCCAUACUCGGAUCCCAAAAGCGAUUCGGUCGACAUCUGGGUGGAGACGAACUGUGCAUUGAUGAAGGAGUUGGAGCGAGGUUUCGAAGAGAUUGAGGAUUCGGAAUGA